UGUCCCGGCGGGUUAUUUCUGUCCGCUUUACGGGCGGGGGCGAGCCGGGGGCCCGACGGUCGCACCGGGGCGUGACGGCGGCAUGGCGGAGGGCGACUACCGGCAGAAGGUCCUGCACAGCGGCUGGCUUCGCAAACAGGGCGGAGUUGUGAAGAAUUGGCAGCGGCGGUGGUUCGUCCUCAGAGGAGAUCAGCUGUUCUACUACACCAAGGAAGAUGAGAGCAAACUGCAGGGCACGAUCUUCCUGCCCGGUAACAACGUGCUGGAACUGCCUCCCAACCCUGAUGACCCCACAAGGUUCCUCUUCGAGGUCGUACCAGGUCCAGGCAGCCAGCGAAUCAAUGCGAACCACGAGACGUACCUGAUCCAGGCCGCCAGCCAAUCAGAGAUGGAGGGCUGGAUACGGGCCAUACGCAGGGUCAUAUACGCGCCGUACGGAGGGGGAAUUUUUGGCCAAAGUUUGGAGGAAACCAUGAGAUACGAGCGUCGCUAUGGCAACAGAUCCGUUCCUGUGAUCAUCGAGCAGACGGCAGCGUACAUCCGCAAACACGGGAUGGCACAGGAGGGGCUGUUCAGACUCCCCGGCAGCCUUACUGAAGUGAAAGAACUGCAGGACGUGUACGACCGCGGGGAGCGGCCGGACUUCGAGGAACUCCAAGCAGAUGUGGACUCGGUUGCGUCUCUGCUGAAGCUGUACCUGCGCGAGCUGCCGGAACCCGUCGUGCCGUUCGCCAUGUACGACAGCUUCCUGCAGGCCGCACGGCUGCUCAAGGUCAGUGAGGCGGAGGGCGUGUCUCGGCUAGCCCAGCUCCUCAAACAACUGCCUGACGACAACGCAAACCUGCUCAAGUUCCUGUGCAGGUUUCUGUUUGAGGUCCAGCUCCAGGCUUCCCUGAACCGCAUGACCGCAGAGAAUCUCGCGACCGUGUUCGGACCGAACAUCGCGCGGCCGGUGACGGAGUCUCCGCUGAACAUCAUGGAGACGACGACGCUGAUCCGGCAGCUCACGAAAACUCUCAUCGCGGAGCAGGACGCCAUGUUCCCCGCCGACCCCGCGCUCACGGAGAACAGCGACCUCAUCGAACUCGGAUCACAGGGCAGCGGCGGCGUAACCAUGGGAACACCAACAUGGCCGACGAACUACGACAUGUCUGACGUGGAGUCCAGCCGGUCUGACAGCCCGCCGCACCGUAAGUCUGUGUACGACAAUGUCCCCGCCACGGAGAGCGAGUUUGACUCGGGGUCAGAGUUGACUGACGGGGUCGCGACCUCCAGCUGCGGCUGCAUCCCGAAGAGCGUGGAGAGUGGAGGUCAGAGGUCAAACGGCAGCUCGGGGCCGCUGGUCAUCGGGUCACCCGUCCCCGACAAUGGGGUCAACCUCACACUGUCUUACACAGAGCUGCAGAACCAGGUCAAGGGUCUGAAGUCAGAGUUGACGUUCCAGAGGUCGGAGUACGAAGGUCGUGUGCAGAACCUGGAGCAGCGCGGCGCCAUGUUGGAACAGCAGCUGCAGAGGGCGGAACAGGAGCUGAAACGCGAGAAGAUGCUGCGACAGGCCGCCGAGAUCAAGUUACGUAACGAGGAGCAGGCGCGACUGUCGGCAGAGGAGAGGAACCUGCAGCUGCAGAGGGAGCUGGACGACUUCUGUGUCGCCUUCGGAGACGUGCAGGACAGUUAACUUCUUAAGACAUGCUCAGAGACUUCCAGGACAAUUAAGACAUGUUUGCAGACAUACAGGACAAAUAGAGACACUUAAGACAUGCUGGACGACUUCUGUGCAGGAUAGUGAAGAUAUGUUCUGAAACAUAAGCCACAUUUUGGGAAGUGCAAGACAACUAGAAACCCCUGAGACACAUUCUGAGACAUGCAGGACUCUUGAGACAUGUUCUGAGACGUGCAGGAUGAUUAAGACAUGUUCUGAGACAUUAGCCACAUUUGGGGAUGUGCAAGACAACUAAAUACACUUAAGACAUGUUUGGAGAGGUGCAAGACAACUAAAAACCCCAGAGACACAUUCUGAGACAUGCAAGAUGAUUAAGACAUGUUCUGAAAUGCACAGGACAAUCAAGACACAUUUGGGGAUGUGCAGGACAACUAGAGGCACUUGAGACAUGUUUGGAGAUGGAUAGAAGAAUCAAGACAUAUUCUGAGAUGUACAGGACGACUAGAUACACCUCAGACAUUUCUGAGACGCGCAGGACAAUCAAGACAUGUUUGGGGCUGUGCAGAACAACUAGAGACACUUCAGACAUGUUAUAAAGAUGUGCAGAAGACUUAAGGCACAUUUUGAGACAUGAAACAUGUUUUGAGACGUGGAGGACAGCUAGACUUCAGUUGGGAGAACACUACUAUGUGGAACAUCGAACUAUUGAUGCCAAAUCUUUCCUUAUCAGUGACUGUUGAGCAGCAAUGGUGGUGACUGAAAACAUCUUACUAGUAACUCACAUCAACUCCAAGCAGAUGUGGACUGGAAAACUGUCAGACCAAAGAUCCCUCCACAAAUGGAGCAAAUCUUAAGGAAUAGAUUAUAAAUAGAUAAAUGUGCAGUUUACUCCUCAAAUACCACAGGGCUUCCAAAUUCCACAUGCAAACCUUACCUCACCUUAGAUUCUUACACAACACAUGGAGGGUUGAUGACUUGGAUUUCGUAUAUGAAUUUGGGAGCAAAACAAUUAGUCAAAAUUUAGUAUGAAAUGAACUUUUUUGUAGUACACAGUACUGAAAUUUUUAUACAGUGAGGUAUGACACUAUGAAGUACACACAAAUUUUGUAUGAUUGUCUGAUUGUUGGUAUAGUUUAUAUCUUGUCUGCCUCACAGUCAAUACCAAAUUAAUAA